AUGGACCCUCCACUGCCUCUCCAGAUCCACGUGCUGGUGGUGCUACCACCAAGUAACGAUGGACCACCGCGGAAGAAGGUCAAACUCACUCAGCACAAAACCGUGGUAUACCAGGGUCCAGUCCAUUUGGAGGCCUAUUCGGUGCCCAUGGAAUCGAUCAAGGCGUACAAGUCGCUAGAAGCGUCACUUUCUUCUCCUCAUGACACCGUUCGGCCACUGUGCCUGCUCUACGGACCCCGCCAGUUUGGAAAGACGACCAUUGCGCACCGACUGUGGAAUUUCGUCAAAGGAUUUCCAUCCGUCUUCGUCAACUUUUGCACUUUGACGCCGACAAACACGAAAUCGGAAGACACGUUUUGGGGUGCGCUUAGCCGAGGAAGCGCAGCAUCGUCACGCGAAUUCGAGGCGAUGCUCCAAGAGCGCGGGGAGCGCGUGUGGCUGGUAAUUGACGAAAUGGAUGUGAUGUUUCGCAACGAGAAGCUGACCAGUAAGUUUUUGGACGUCCUCCGCAACUGGCAAACUUCCCCUUAUUUUUUCGGAUUCCUUGGCGUUGGCACUCACGAUCUGGUAAAGCUGCCUCAGAUGCAAAGCGGACGGCGUGGUGUCGGCCCUUUUAAUCUGUGUAACCUGAUGGUCAAGGUCGAGCGUUUCUCAAGUGAACAAAUGGUUGUCUUCUUCCAGCUUAUCGAGCCGUCGUAUCCCUUCAGUGAGUCAACACGAGCAGCCAUCAUGAACUACUCUGCCGGCGCUCCCGGUGUCUUCGGGUCCUUGAUCCGGUGCUCGAUUGACCGUCUCAAGUGCACAGUGGAGCGAUACGAAUGGGAGCAUUGGCUCAAGAUCGACAGUUUCUACGCCUAUCUGGAAACAUACAAUUGGACCUACAGCCGACUGCGGGAUGAUUUGGUGGAUUUCUUGGACUAUUCGGACUGGAAAUCACUCAUCUCGCUGCUGAGGAAUUGUGACAACGGUGCGUUGGAGUUUUCAUCCCCGAUGAUGCGGCGAGUGUGCCUAGAAGCUCUACCCAUCCGUCACAUUGACGAAGUUUUAGCUGCUGAUGACCCACUCGAGCUGUUGGCUACGUCACUUCAGUAUAUGGAGACAGAUGUCAUCGGAGCGCUCAAGGGCCAAACCCCGAGUGAGUCCGCUCUCCAGUGUGAAUUGUACGAAUCGAUUCGGGGGAUUUUCACGUCGAACAGCGUUUCGACAAGGAAUAUUAUCGCAGAGGAUCGAGAGAUCGACAAGCAGCGAAGAUUCGACAUCAUUGUCAACCACGAAGUGAAGUAUGGAAUCGAACUCAGGGCAAACCUACUCACGGCUGCUGAUGUCGCUGCUGCAGUGGGGCAAGCGGAUGACUACAGGGAAUUUUUGAGAAUGGACAAGCUGUUCCUGAUUAAUUUUCUCCCACAAAGUCACGAGAUGGAGCUCGUUUAUCAAGUCGCUGAGUACCCUGCAGUACGAAUUAUCCAUGCCCGCUGUCCGGAAUCUGGGAAGAAGUACGAGGUGUUACAUGUUGAGACGCCAUAG